AUGGAACAUACACAGAAAUCUGAAGUUGACUAUGGUGAAAUUUACUAUCCUGUGGCUUGGUACAGUAUAUUAUGCUUGGCCAUUGUUAUAUCUACCUUGUACAAUUUAAUGUUAUACCAAUUAGUCUUUGACUCAGCUUUCAUGAAUGGAGCAUUAAAAGAAGAGGUUGCUCUGUCCCCACAGCCUGGGAUCAUGGACGUGCAGAAGAUGAAGAGUGAUUACAAAAAGAAACACAGCCUCUUAUUGGCAUCUGGCACUUGGAUAUCAGGAUUCUUAAACUCACUUGUGGUUACAAUCCCAGCAUCACACAUGUCCUUCUGUCAUUCUCGCACCAUACGCCAGUUUUUCUGUGAUGCUAAAGCUCUGCUGAACAUCUCCUGUGCUGGCCGUGAAGAUUUCUAUAAUGUAUUCUAUAUGGAAAUAUUGAUGUAUGGAGUUUUCCCAGUCAUGUUCUGUUUGACAUCAUACAUAAAAAUUAUUGGAGUCAUCUUGCAGAUAAAAUCUAAGAUUGGAAGAAAGAAAGCCUUCUCCACCUGCUCAUCCCACCUCACCAUUGUCAUUAUGUACUAUAUGACAGGUGUGUCUGUGUACAUGAUGCCACCAUCAGAAUACUCAGAUGUCCUAGAACCAGUGUUUAGUGUACUGUACUCAGUUGUCACCCCCAUGAUAAACCCUCUGAUCUACAGUCUACGGAAUAAAGAUGUGAAACGUGCUCUGCUGAGACUACUGGGGGGGAAACAAAGUACACCAUGGAUUCUACAUGGAGAAGAGGACCGACCAUCGUGUGAUCAUAGAUUUGACUAUGUUGAGAAUGGCAAAAUAAAAACAAAAAAAAUCAUAAAAUCCACCGAUUCCAGAGCGUAUAUUAACAGAGACAGCUGUUACCAUGAACACUGA